UGCGUGUCAGCGGUGGACAACAGUGCAAAAAUAAGUUCAAGCCGUUAACUGUGACAACAGUCUAUAUAACUUUAAAUCUGUCCACGCGGAGAAGUAAACUGAGCCAGAAUUGCGCAUUGUGCAUUCGCCGGGCUGUAGAGGCACGUCCCAUCAGAGGAUCUUACGGAGAUUUGUCACACGCACACACACACGUUGUUGCGGUCCACGUUUGCUGCUGGUUGUCAAAAGCAUCAUUCCUUUGGACUUCGAGGGAAAGUCUGACGUGUUCUGAACUUGAUGCACGCGCGUUGUGUGUCGGACUUUUCUAGACAUGUGAAGAAAGUUCAUGGACGCUUAAACUUUGUUGCCACCAGUUAGAGGGAACUAAAACCGCAGAGCUGAAGAAGGAUAUUUGAAGUCUCGUUGCUCUAAGGACAAUUUCUCUGCAACCACAUGUGUGCUUUACCACAGUGAAGCGAGGACGAGUAAGGUUGGUGGUUUUGAAUUCACGAGUCUCAAGUUUCUGCCGCCCUGGCCAGUGAUAUUAACGCGUGAAUUUGACCUGGGAUAAGUUGUCAACAAGAGGCAAAGUGGCAGGUGUAUAAGUACAUUUAAAUGCAUGGGCAUAUGUUUUUCUAUAAAUAGGAGCUCGUGCCUAUGUAUUAGACCCUGGCCUGUCAACUUAACCAGUCGUCUUCAUCAUAACCCCAGUGAAACACACGCGUGACACUUUGGCUGUUAGGGUAGGUGUCGUCGCAUGGACUGACAUGGCCACCGAUCUCGCCAUGAGCGCAGAAUUGCCCAACAGCCCUCUGGCUAUUGAGUAUGUCAACGACUUCGACCUCAUGAAGUUUGAGAUCAAGAAAGAGCCCCCGGAGGCCGACCGCUAUUGCCACCGUCUUCCACCCGGUUCGCUGUCCUCCACCCCAAUCAGCACACCCUGCUCAUCGGUGCCUUCCUCGCCCAGCUUCUGCGCCCCCAGCCCUGGUUCGCAGCCUGGCCAGAACCUCGUAAACGGCGUCAACAACAAUAACAACAACAGUGGCAACGGUAACAACAACACCCAAGGCUCCUCGGGGAAACCGCAGAUGGAAGAUCUCUACUGGAUUCCCAAUUAUCAGCAUCACAUCAGUCCAGAGGCCCUCAACCUGACGCCCGAGGACGCGGUGGAAGCGCUCAUCGGUAACGCGCACCACCACCACCAUCACCAUCACCACCAGCCCUACGAGGGAUUCCGCGGGCAGCAGUAUGUGGGAGAAGAUCUCUCCGCGGCCACGAACGGUCAUCACCAUCCGGUGCACCACCAUCAUCAUCACCACGGCCACCACGCACACGCGCGCCUCGAGGAUCGCUUCUCGGACGAGCAGCUGGUGAGCAUGACAGUGCGCGAGCUCAACCGGCAGCUGAGAGGCUUCAGCAAAGAGGAGGUGAUCCGUCUGAAGCAGAAAAGGCGAACCCUGAAGAACCGCGGCUACGCGCAGUCGUGCCGCUACAAGCGCGUGCAGCAGCGCCACAUGCUCGAGAGCGAAAAGUGCACGCUUCAGAGCCAAGUGGAGCAACUCAAGCAAGACGUGGCGCGCCUGAUCAAAGAGCGGGACCUGUACAAGGAGAAGUACGAGAAGCUCGCGAGCCGAGCCUUUAACGGCGGCGGCAACACUCGGGACCCGUCCAGCGGCAAUCACGGCAAAACCACUUCCACGGAUUUCUUCAUGUGAGAGUGAUUCUUGUUAAAGACUUUUCCCCUCACCAACGUAUUUGUUUUUUAUGAUUUUCAGUGUGAUUUUAAUUUUAGUUGGUUUUAUAAACACUCAGAGGUUCGCUUUAGAACAUACACUCUUUUAAAUAAAAGUUGUGCAGUCUGAUGCAAACGGAAAACAUUUUUGAUUUUGUACUGGAUCUUUAAAGAACCCAGAUAACCAAUAGAAAUCUGGGGAGCCCAUAUUGUCAAAUCCAAACCUUUUUCUUCUUCAAAGUGCCACCCACUUUUAUAGCCGAUGGAGUUAUUGAUUAGAAGUUCUUUGUUGAACUUUAAGUGCUGAAAAGAAACUGCAAAACAUUUAUUUCUAAGAGUGUACAACCUAACAUUACAGCGCCAUAUUUAAAAACCUUCACUUCUUUUGUAUGUACGUACUGCACCAUAAAAGUCUUAAGGUUAGUGUAAUGUUAGGAUUAUAUUCCACAAAGACUGCACGGACCCUUCUACUUCACAAAACCUCCGAUCAAAAUAUGGGAUCACGCAUAACCUCCAGAGAAACACAUCAAUUUUGGAUUUUGUCAUUUAUUUAUUUAUUUUUUGUUUGUUUUAGUAUUAGGUUAACUGCAAACUCCGACUUGUUUGUGUUAGGGACAUACAGUCGCCUCCUUAAACUUUUUUUUUUUGUCUUAACGGAUUGAUUAGUCUUAAUGGCGAUGAGGAAAAAAAUGGAACGAAAUGGACUUCUGAUGGAGCGAUGAUAGAAUUAAAACAUGAGCCAGAAAGGGAGAUAGCAAUACAUCAUUGACUUUUCUCAGUUAUAAACUGAGGUUGAGGGGACUUGUGAAUUUUGAGGGCCCUCAAGCAUUGCUCAAGUCUGCAUUACCCCACCAAUCCUGCAUGCGGGACAUGUAUGGUACUCCAAACGCGUCAGGUCCUUUCUCUCUUCCCCAUACAGCACUUGGAUGAAAAGCAUGGCCCUUAACCACUCUCUUUAUUUCGUUUCUUCUGCUCGACACAAACCGUGUAUGUGAAGGAACUCAUCCGUACCUGCGAAAUCACAUGAUACCAGACAUUACGUUUAUUUUCUAUUGUUUUUAAUGCAAGAACUAAGAAGAAAAAAAUACACCGAACUGAGCCAGAGUUAUUUAUUUCCACUUGUACAUAUGUAGAGGUCAAUUGGUGUGUUAAUUUACCCUUCUUUUUAAAGUCCUUUUUGCUUGAUUAUUUAAAACGUCUUAAUACAAUGUUUGUAUGUAGUAGCAUGCAAAUUACAGAGAUAUUCUAUCCUACUGAAUAUGUACAAUUUCAAGGAAAGCCUACUGCACUAUGAUUCGAAGAAUUGGGAUUUAAUAUAAUAUUUCCUCUGUGAUAAUCGAAUUGCUGUCAGGGUGGGCAUAGUUAGUCGAUCUAAAGUGCAAAUAAACACAAGGAAUUUAAUUGCUGCUAAUAUUCUAUGCACCAAAUUCGAAAGCAAUUAACAGAAGCUCUGAUUAUGUGAAUUUUGUACUUCAGAAUAAAUGAAGGUAUUUACCUGGUUAGACAUGAAUAUCAAAAUACGAUCAUCUCUUGAACAGUUUUUUUUUUUUUGUUGUUUUUUUGUUUUGUUGUUUUUUUGUUUUGUUGGUUUUUUUUUUUUGUUUUUGUUUUUUAAUGGCCGGGAUGACGACUAUCUGACAACCAUCUUUAAUAAGGAAAGAAUGGUUGUUUUAACUUUUUUAUGACUACAAUAAAAAAAUAAAAACUAGCAUACGCUAUAAAGGGCAGUUGCCUAUUGUUUUGCAUUGCAAUGCUGUGAUGAUAAUAAAUAGGCUUCUGACAAUUCUCAAAUACACUACGGGUAGAUAUCACGACAACAAAUCCGGAUGUAUUUCAACAAUAACAAAGAGACUUGUGCAAACUUAACUACAAGUACUAAUCAUGCGCAUUUGAUCUCGAUAAUUUGGGGUCACAUAAUGGCCCAUCUUGUUCAGACUGUAUGGGGGGAACGUUGCCAAAGCGGAUUAUUUAAUGCACGUAAAUUGUCUUAAACCAGUUUUUAAUCGUUUCCGACCUGCUGUAUGCUUAGUUCACUAACAAAUCAAUCGGCCAAAUAAUAAGAUCUCCUUUACCUGGGUUAGUGUCUGCUUGAUAUUCUCACCUGAAAUACACUUAACAUUAUUAUUUUAUAGGUUAAAUUAUGAUGCAGUUAUGAACCGAUCUCUCUGUAUAUUGGUCUAAACUGGCACAGCGGCUUGGGGUUACAUAACCACAUGUGCUGUCCCGUGUGCUCUCUUAUGUAAAAAAAAUAAAGAAAGAAAAAGAAAAAAAAAACUGUACAUAGCCUAUAAUUUCUAUAUAUUUAUCGAAAAUAUAAAUGUCCUUACGUGUCAGUAAGUCCAAAGCAAAAUGUUUCGAAAUGGAAUGUUGUUCAGAAUCUUGUUUUCAUAAUGUUUAAUAAAAACUUCUGUCAAAUGCUUCAA